AGUUCAAGGGUCAGCGCAGCCCAGGGCCUAGCUCAAGCCUGUCUGGCGCUGGAUUUAACCCUCAGGCGGCUGCUGCUGCCGCCCCAGGCCCUCCAGCCCUUGGCUGCCAUGGGAGCCCGGAGCUAGCUGGACCUGUGCCUUGGCACUGCCUGUGAAUGGGGCAGAGACCGGGCCCCUCUCAGGUAGAGCCACCCUGCCGAUGGAGAGACGAGUAACCAAGAGCCACCCCAGGGAGCAGGGCUGGAGAGUGGGAGCCAGACUGCAGGGCUGAGUCUCUGCGCUGGACCCCUAUUUGCUGCCUGUGUGCUGGGCAUUUACUUGGGCAGCAGGUGGACUGAACGCACCCCAGUGGUGCAAGAAGUGCCAUCCGCCACAGGACAACAGAAAUGAUGGCUGAUAACCAAGCUAUCGGUCUGAGUCCAUGCACCACACCUGGAACUGUGUGUGUGUUGGGCAUAGAUCUGGGCACCACCUCAGUUAAGGCUGCCUUGGUAAUAGAGACAGAGCAAGGACAAAUUGUGACCCAGAGCUGUUCAAGGGAGACGGAGGCACAGGCUGAUAGCCCGGCUGCUGGAGCACAGGGGAUGGAGCAAGAUGUCCAGAAAAUAAUAAAAGCCUUGAAUGAAUGCCUUGCAGCUUUUCCCCAGGAGCACCUUCAAAGGGUUAGUCGCAUUGGUAUUUCAGGACAAAUGCAUGGGGUUGUGUUUUGGAAAACAAACCAAGGUUGCAAAUGGACCAAGAGUGGAACUGGUCACACCUUUCAGCCUGGAGAAGUCAGUCAUCUGAUUACAUGGCAAGAUGGCCGCUGCAGCAGCAGUUUCCUCUCUUCUCUUCCUCAACCACAGUCACAUCUCAGCUUGGCUACAGGAUUUGGAUGUGCCACAAUCUACUGGUAUUUGAAGAACAGCCCAGAUUUUCUGAAGCCUUAUGAUGCAGCUGGUACCAUCCACGACUACGUGGUUGCCAUGUUGUGUGACCUGGAAAGGCCAUUGAUGUCCAUCCAGAAUGCUGCCAGCUGGGGAUAUUUUAAUUGCAGAAGUAAAAGCUGGAAUACUGAGAUUUUGGGAGAAUCUGGCUUUCCCCUUGACUUGCUUCCUGAAGUGGGUGACCCUGGUGACAUUGCAGGAAGGAUGCCUCAUGACUGGCAUGGAAUACCAAAGGGAACAGAAGUGGGAAUUGCUCUGGGAGAUUUUCAGUGCUCUGUUUAUUCUUGUAUGACUGAGAGGACUGAUGCAGUUCUCAAUAUCAGCACGUCUGCUCAGCUGACAGUCCCCAUGCCCUUGGGAUUCCAGCCUCCAGAGACACCAGAUUCCUUGUCAGCUGUUGCCUAUUUUCCUUAUUUUGAUGGUAACUUUCUGGCAGUGGCAGCAUCACUCAACGGAGGAAAUGUACUGGCAACAUUUGUGGAUAUGUUGGCACGCUGGAUGGCAGAGUUGGGGUAUGACGUUCUGGAGUCCAAUAUCUAUACACAAAUGAUCAACGCAGCCUUGGCCCAAAAUGAUACCAGACUCUCAAUCUGCCCAACUGUAUUUGGAGAAAGGCACAUGCCUGAGCAACUUGCUUCAGUGACUAGUAUCACUGCUUCUGAUCUCUCUCUGGGUCACGUAACCAGAGCUUUGUGCCAUGGGAUCAUUCAGAAUCUGCAUUCCAUGUUGCCAUUUCAACACCUGAAAGAGGCAGAAGUGAAGAGAAUUCUGGGAAGUGGAAGUGCCCUUUCCAGGAAUGAGGUGCUAAAGCAAGAAGUGGAGAAAAUGUUUCCAUUUCCUGUGAUCUAUGGAAACGAUGUGGAUGCAGCCGUGGGUGCUGCUAUGGUGAUGCUGCACAGAAGAUAUAAACCCAUAGUUCAGGAUUGUCUGAUAUAAAGUUUUUUUUCUGGACAUAUCA